ACUUCAAAUCUCGGCAUCGGCGUGUGAUGUGUAAACUGUACUGUAAAUUUGUUUUCUAAAAUAAUCUGUAUUGAAAGUAUUUCUACUCGAAAUUCAGGAAAUAUGGCGAAGAAGAAGGAAAAUUCAAAAGCGAAGAAGGAUGAUUCGAUAGCGAAGAAAGAAGAUCCAAAAACAACGAAGGUGCGAAUGUCCGAUGAUCCAGUACCUAAGAAAGAACGUUGGGUAAAUCGUCAGAGGGUGUUGGUGAUGGCUACGAGAGGUAUCUCGUAUACACAUAGACAUAUGAUGAAGGACGUGGAGCGUUUAAUGCCACAUUCGAGGCAUGGUAAUAAAAUGGAACGAAAAGAAAACCUCAACGAAGUUAAUGAGAUAUGUGCCCUGCGUAAUUGUAAUAAGGCCGUCUUGUUCGAAGGACGUUUACAAAGAGAUCUCUAUAUGUGGGUUUCUAACGUCCCUGUGGGACCAUCGGUGAAAUUUCUAGUCGAAAGUAUUUACACUAGCGGUGAAUUGAAAUUGACUGGAAAUUGCUUGACUGGUUCAAGACCACUUUUAUCAUUCGACAACAGUUUCAUCGAACAUCCACAUUUCAGUUUAUUAAGAGAAUUAUUCGUUCAGACUUUCGGCGUUCCAAAUCAUCAUCCUAAAAGUCAACCAUUCGUAGACCACGUGCUUACAUUCUCAGUUCUAGAUAACAGAAUAUGGUGUCGUAAUUACCAAAUAAUCUCCGAACAAGGAGCAUUAGCCGAAAUAGGACCACGAUAUGUUCUCAAUCCUAUCAAGAUUUUCGAAGGUAGUUUCAGCGGAGCAACUCUGUGGGAAAAUCCACAAUACAUAACGCCAGCUAAGACUAGAAGAGCGUUAGUUCAAUAUAAAACGCAAAAAACCGCUCACAGAAAAGAGCAGAAAAUUCGAAGGAAGAAAACAAAUAUUGAAAAUCCAGAAAUUGGAGAAAACGAGAUUUAUGGAGGAAACACGGAGCAUAUGGCUCGAAGAAUAAUGAAACGUGAAGCGAAAAAAGGUUCAAAUAAAUCUUCGCAACCGAAGAAAAAACAAAAAAUGUCGUAAAAUGCUUUCUCGUUAUGUUGUUAAGAACCUUUUGAUAUAUUAAAUAUAUUCAACGUGUUUUUUUUUAAUAA